AUCCCGCACAUCGGUCGUAAUAGAAGUACAACCGUAGCCUCCGAAGGCAAUCAGCUGGAUGAUGGAAUGAGCCCGACAGCACACGCCAACCCAUACUUUCAACAUCAGGGCCCACCGGCUCUGCGGCAUCAUGAUGACAGCAGCAUACCCGGAACGCCUCCGGACUCACCAACAAUGGCGAAGAAAGCCGCUCCAGGCGAUGCACAAAAUGGUGGAGGAAAUACAGGCAAGGAAGAGUUCGCGAGGAAGUUGCGGAGAGUGGCCAGUGCUCCCAGUGCACAAGGCUUGUUCAAAUCGAAAGGAAGCGGCAGCAGACCACAGUCGUCAGCCGAGGAUGAUGCAACACCACUCCCCAAGAUCAACGGCAUUGGACAACACAGUAAUUCCAGCGCGCUAAGCAUGGUGGAAACGCUGCCACAAAAUGACAGCUUACUAGCGAUCCCUGGGAUUGACGGCGCCAUCACACCUGGCAAGCUGCGGAACAGCAUCGCCUUCAGACGGACAUACAGUAGUAACAGCAUUAAAGUCCGGAAUGUGGAGGUGGGACCUAGCAGUUUUGACAAGAUCAAGCUGAUUGGAAAAGGAGAUGUUGGUAAGGUGUACUUGGUGAGGGAGAAGAAGAGCUCGAGAUUAUACGCUAUGAAGGUCCUCUCGAAGAAGGAGAUGAUCAAGCGCAACAAGAUCAAGCGAGCUCUCGCCGAGCAGGAAAUCCUGGCCACGAGCAAUCAUCCUUUCAUUGUGACGCUCUACCACUCCUUUCAAUCCGAGGAUCAUUUAUACCUAUGCAUGGAAUACUGCAGCGGAGGAGAAUUCUUCCGAGCUUUGCAAACCAGACCGAACAAAUGCGUGGACGAGGAUGCCGCAAGAUUCUAUGCCGCUGAAGUCACGGCGGCUCUCGAGUAUCUUCAUUUGAUGGGCUUCAUCUACCGAGAUCUCAAGCCAGAGAAUAUCCUCCUUCAUCAGUCUGGCCACAUCAUGUUGUCAGAUUUUGAUUUGUCAAAACAGUCCGAUGGCGGUGGUGUUCCUGGCAUGAUCCUAGCAGGAGGUCGCAACGCCAGUGGAGGCAUUUCCAGCAAUCCCACACUCAGCAACAUGCCCACGAUCGACACAAAAAGUUGUAUUGCCAACUUCCGAACCAACUCCUUCGUCGGCACUGAGGAGUACAUCGCUCCGGAGGUGAUCAAAGGCUGCGGCCACACAAGUGCCGUGGACUGGUGGACGCUAGGAAUUCUCGUCUACGAAAUGCUGUUCGGCACAACACCCUUUAAAGGAAAGAACCGGAACGCCACAUUCGCGAAUAUCUUGAGGGACGACGUGCCCUUCCCUGAGGGCUCCGGCUCGCCGAACAUCUCCAACCUCUGCAAAUCUCUCAUCCGCAAACUUCUCAUCAAAGACGAACUUCGCCGUCUUGGCUCCCGCGCCGGCGCCUCCGACGUGAAAACUCACCCAUUCUUCCGCACUACAUCCUGGGCACUCCUACGGCACUCCAAACCACCGAUCAUUCCCAAUCAAGGUCGUGGAAUCGACACGAUCAACUUCCGCAACGUCAAAGAGUCCGCGUCGGUAGACUUGGGCAAUGGAGCAAACAAGGGCUUCGGUGUGGCGGCGAGCAAGAUGAAGGGCGUGCCACUAGAUUCAGGGCUGGAGACACCUGGCGGUGAAAUCGCAGAUCCGUUUGAGGAGUUCAACAGCGUGACUUUGCAUCAUGACGGAGACGAGCAAGGGCCUCAGCAUCAAGGAGAGAACGGACAUCGAUAGUGUCAUGGAUGGCGCUCUACGACGGGUCAGAGGAGAGCAGACGAGGAGUGGCAGCACUGAACUUGAGCAGACGAGAUUGAAGCGAAUCCGAGUGAUCUCGAAGAUAAUGCUGUUGUGGGAAUACUAUCUUUAUCCACUUUCACGAAAGCGGGAAUAAAUGGCUGGGAACGAAAGCGAGCGUUGCUUUUUGGGUUGUCGUUACUACUUAUGAAUAGAUGGAAACUGAGAUAUGAGCGAUC